CGCCCUUCUAAGGAUUCUCCUUUUAAAUGUGGUCGGACAGUCAAGAUUUUGGAGCGGAUUUCUACACAAGUGUUUCCCCGCAGGAAACUCUCUGUCCUGGCUGGAGAUAUUCAGUAGUCAGUCGUCUCUUUGAAGCAUAUUUGGCUCAGAAGAAACUCCGUGCUCAUGGAACUGGAGGAGAAACCGAAAUACGGCGAGCCGAGGAAGUUCGACCCGACGUUCAAGGGCCCGAUCCAGAACAGGGGCUGCACGGACAUCGUGUGCUGCAUCCUCUUCGUCAUCGCCAUAGUGGGUUAUGUUGCCGUGGGAAUACUCGCCUGGUCCCAGGGCGACCCCCGGAAGGUGAUCUACCCCACAGACAGUCGAGGCCAGUUCUGUGGGCAGGCUGGCACCCCCCUCGCGUGAGGACAAGCCUGUGUUGUUCUACUUUAACAUCAUGAAGUGUGCGAGCCCGAUGGUGCUGCUGGAGUUCCAGUGUCCGACCACACAGAUGUGCGUGGAGAAGUGCCCCG